AUGGAGAGACCAGUGAAGGAUGGGAUCCUCUAUGUGCAGCACACGAAAUUUGGAAAGAGGUCCUGGAGGAAGAUGCGAGCCCAGCUGUUCGCCGCCAGCCCGUCCGGCGUGGCCCGCAUGGAGAAGUUUGAUGUGCGGGAUGAUGGCACGAUGCCAGAGAAGACGUCCCUGCAGCGGUGUGCCCGCCGGGUGAUCCGCCUCUCCGACUGCGUCUCUGUGGGCCCGGCGGGCACAGAGAGCUGCCCCAAAGCCACCGCCGCCUUCUACCUCACCACCACAGAGAAGAGCUAUGUGCUGGCAGCUGAGCAGCGCGAUGAAUGGAUCACCCAGCUCUGCCAGCUGGCCUUCCAGGGUGCAAAAGAGACAGUGCCGAGUAGUGCCAGGACCCAGCCCGGCCCUGCUGUCCCCAUGGAGGAGAACUCCCUCUACUCGUCCAUGCAGGACCUGACUGAAUUCUUGGUGCUAGUGGUCCAGACAGACGCUGCCACCCGCUGUGGGCUGCAUGGGCACUACCUGCUCUCAGCUCUCCCCCAGAGCCUGACGCUGAAGGAUCCCCAGUCCCGCCAGCCCCUGCUCACCUGGCCCUACACCUUCCUUCGCAAGUUUGGCCAGGAUCAGGCUGUCUUCUCCUUUGAGGCCGGCCGCCGCAGUGACUCCGGCGAGGGCACCUUCACCUUCAGCACCCCACGGGCCCCUGAGCUCUGCCGGGCUGUGGCUGCUGCCAUUGCCUGCCAGCAGCAGGCCAAAGACACCCCAGACCCCAGACUCUUCUGUGUCCCUGACCCCCAGCUCUUUGCACAGGGCUUUGAGCCCCAGCCCUGGGGGCCUGGGAAUGAUGAUCCCCAGCCCAGCGCAGCCCUGGGGGUGACACAGCCUGCCUCCCACCCCCCUGCCAACUGCCUCCACUUCAGCCCAUCAGAGCCAGAGGGCUCAUGCCCCAUCGUCUAUGCCUCCAUCGCCCGGGGCCAGCAGCCCCUCUUUGUGCCAGGGCAGCCAGACUCUGGUGAGCCCUGGGCCGUGGGGAAGCCGCUCCCUGAGCAUCUCUACGAGAACAUCUUCACUGCAGAACCACAUCCUGCCGGAGCCCGUGAAGAGGAGGAGGAAGGGCAGUGGGAGCUGGGCUGCCGACAGGCCCCCGAGGGCCACAGCAGUGAGGGGGGGCCCCUCUAUGACAACCGGGCCGCCAUGGCACAGAACCCCCGGGCCGCGGGCUGGGGGCGCGGAGGGCAGGAGGGGCUGUCACGGCGCUCCCCGCACAAGCCUCACAGCACCCUUCGGGCCAAGCUGGUGCGGCUGCUGAGCCGGGAGAGCCCCGGAGCGCGGGACUGGGCUUGAUGUGGCCGCUGCCGGUGGGUGCCGUUCGGUCAAUAAAGGCCCUU